AGAUAUCAUACUUGAAGCACGGUAUGGUUCUCACAGAAAACAAAGACGCAGUCGCACUGCGUUCACUAACCAACAACUAGCGGCUCUGGAGAAAACAUUUGCUAAGACACAUUAUCCAGACGUUGUUAUGCGCGAACGACUUGCAAUGAUGACAAGCUUACCAGAAGCUCGAAUUCAGGUUUGGUUUAAAAAUAGACGAGCAAAAUUCAGAAAGAAGCAAAAAGCAUUAAAGCAGAAAGAACGAUUAACCAGCGAACUGAACUCAAUGGAUGAACAGGCGAGUCCGUGUGAAGACGAUAGCAUCAGCGAUAAAUCUUUGAACCAUCACACAGCUCAACAGUCAGUUCAUGUCUCCCAGAUUCUCCAGCAUCACAGUUGUACAAGUGAGGCCACCAUGGGUGGACCGAGGCCAGUUAGAAAUUCGUCACCUGAGAAGAGUUCAUCGCAACAAAUGGAAAACAACGACAUUAUCUCCCUUGAACACAGCAACGACAGUACUUCCAUGCUUUCAAAAUGUACACCAGAGCAAAAACUUGCUGGAAAUGGCGAAUAUGAAUGUAAACCAUCGUUUGUUAAAGAAGGAACUCCUACAAUUGACGUCGGUGGGCAAGAAACGAGUCAUGAAGAUUUUGGUGGGAGCCCUGGUGUGUCAAGAUCCCAAUCGACAUCGAUAAAUGAUCCUUAUUUAUCAUCUCGAAAUAAAAAUUCAUCGUCUCCUCCUAACUACAGUCGGGCACCGCUAACUUUUUCAUCUCCUUACCAUCAAUUCGGACUUCUUAACGUUCAUCACCAGACGUUGGCUGCGGCCACAUCAUUACUGCACAAACCUUUUGCUCACAGCACUCCGGGACCAAGCAACACGGGUUCGGGUAUUUUACAAAUCAGUCCUAACGGGGCCCUCACGGCCGCUUAUUCAGGCUGGCCUUAUUACAUUCCAGCGUCUUUACCACAGUUGUCUACCUUGGCAGGCGAUUCCUUUCAGACUGGAAUUCAACACACUUCUAGUCAAAAUGCAAACCUUCAAUCUGUAUCUCCAGUUACUGCCGCAGCGGCAGCAGCUGCAGCUGCAGCGGCAACUUCCGGUGACGUCAGUGGUCAGAAAGACGCCAUAUUGUCAUCGAGCAUCGAAAAUUUACGUUACCGUGCUCGCCAACACACGGCAUCUUUAGGAUUAUUCUAGGUUUUGUUUCAGCUCCAUUACUGGACACAAAUUAUCUAGUUUAAUAAACUUUUCUUCUUUAAUAUUAUACGUACACACACACACACACACACAC